AUGAACAGUGGACUCCCAGCUUCAGCUGCUCCGCUCGGGGGUGUCGGAAUACCGGGUGUGAAAGUAAAAUUCUGUCGUUAUUACGCGAAAGACAAGACGUGUUUUUACGGAGAUGAAUGCCAGUUUCUGCACGAGGACCCGUCCAUGGCGAGCCUUUCUCUUCACGGCGGUAGUACAGGUGCUGGAGGAGGAGGAGGAGGAGGAAGCCCCGUGUCUUUAUCUCUGGCCGGUGGAGCAGUGACGGCGGGAGGAUACGUGCUUGGAGGGAGUCCGGUCAGUGGCGCUCCUGCGAAUGUUCCCAAAAAGAACGAUUCUCUCGGUCCCGCGGGAACAGCUCUGGAGGGACAGCUGUUGUCCAUCCCUGGAAUGGAGGGUGGUCCUCUGAAUGAUGCCAGUCUGACCAACUCAUACUUCAGCAGCACUUUUAUUGGAGUUAAUGGGUUUGGAGGCCCAGCAGAGUCCAAAUAUUCUAUGAUGCAGAGGAUGACCAGCAGUAGCAGCUCUCCAAGUCUGCUGAACGAUGCCAAGAGCUUCAGCCCCAGCACACAUGAUCCAGUAAAUUCCCCAACAUCAUCUCUCUUCAGUGAUUUUGGUUCUUUGAGCAUAUCACAAAGGAGAAAAGGUCCUAACCCCACAGCUAGUGAAUUCGUCCCUAAAGGGGCCCCACGAAUGGCCUCCAUAUCUCAGACAACCGUGCCAGCAUUCGCUUCCCCCAUCUUCCCUCAUCCUGGCCUGAGCAGCUCCACGGCGGCUGCUCUUGCACCUGGCAUGUCCCUCUCUGCUGGGUCAUCGCCUCUCCACUCCCCCAAAAUCACCCCUCACACCUCCCCAGCCCCGCGGCGGCGCAGCCAUACACCCAACCCCAACCCAGCCAAUUACAUGGUGCCCACUACUGCGUCUGACCCGGGAGGUGGAGCCCACGUAAUUCAAAAGGAGACUGUAGGCGGGACAACCUAUUUCUAUACCGAUAACACCCCUGCUCCCUUGGCUGGAAUGGUAUUCCCCACGUAUCACAUGUAUCCACAAACGGCACCUCAUGUGGCAUACAUGCAACCAAAAGCCAACGCGCCAUCCUUCUUUAUGGCUGAUGAACUCCGACAGGAGCUGAUUAACAGGCAUUUGAUAACGAUGGCACAAAUAGAUCAGUCUGAGAACACUGGAGUGCCAUCUGAGGUAGACAGUUACCACAGCCUCUUUCCCCUGGAACCCCUUCCCCCACCCAACCGUCUUCAGAAAACCAGCAAUUUCAGUUACAUCACUUCCUGUUACAAGGCAGUCAACAGCAAAGAUGACCUGCCUUACUGCCUCAGGAGGAUACAUGGCUUCAGACUGGUAAACACCAAGUGUAUGAUGCUGGUAGACAUGUGGAAGAAGAUUCAGCACUCCAAUACUGUGACCCUCCGAGAGGUCUUCACCACCAAAGCGUUUGGAGACCACUCACUAGUGUUCUCCUAUGACUUCCAUGCGGGGGCGGAGACCAUGUUCAGCAGGCACUUCAAUGAUCCGGCAGCGGAUUCUUACUUUACAAAAAGAAAGUGGGGGCAGCAUGAGCUCCCUCCUCCACGGCAACAUGCAGGCCUGUUACCGGAGUCUCUGAUUUGGGCCUAUAUCGUCCAGCUGAGCUCGGCACUGCGCACCAUUCACACAGCUGGGCUGGCCUGCAGGGUCAUGGACCCUAGUAAGAUCCUGAUCACUGGAAAGACACGGUUACGAGUCAACUGUGUAGGAAUGUUUGAUGUCUUAACAUUUGACAAUAGUCAGACCAACCACCUGGCGCUGAUGCCCCAGUACCAGCAAGCAGAUCUUAUUUCCCUGGGGAAGGUGGUGUUGGCCUUGGCUUGUAACUCUCUAGCUGGCAUUCAGAGAGAGAAUCUGCAGAAGGCCAUGGAGCUGGUGUCAAUCAACUACUCAUCUGACCUCAAGAACCUCAUUCUGUACCUGCUGUCAGAACAGAGCCGUCUGCGCAGCGUCAAUGACAUUAUGCCCAUGAUUGGAGCACGAUUUUACACUCAACUUGAUGCCUCGCAAAUGAGGAACGAUGUCAUUGAGGAGGACUUGGCAAAGGAGGUUCAAAAUGGGCGAUUGUUCCGCCUUCUGGCAAAACUGGGAACGAUCAACGAGAGACCAGAGUUCCAGAAGGACCCAACAUGGUCUGAGACUGGUGACCGUUACCUGCUGAAGCUCUUCAGAGAUCACCUGUUCCACCAGGUAACAGAGACAGGCACGCCCUGGAUCGACCUCAGCCACAUCGUGUCCUGUCUCAAUAAGUUGGAUGCUGGAGUACCGGAGAAGAUCAGCCUGGUGUCACGGGAUGAGAAGAGCGUGCUUGUGGUGACUUACUCAGACCUGAAGCGCUGCUUUGAGAGCACCUUCCAGGAACUGCAGGCCGCCACUAACGGACCCCUGUAACACCCAUCCAUCCCCACACGAGUGGGCAGGAACUGCCUGAAACCGAGCACAUUGCACUACAGCCUGGAAUCAUAGGUGCAGAAUGAUGAUCUCACAACCAGGGCAGAGCCAGCUGGUUGCUCACCUCCAGUCAGAUACACUGUUCUGUCCACAGAAAGUUGUUUUCUAAAGCUUAUUUUUUUUAGUUUUCACAACAACAGCUGCAGAAUUAUGAACUGAACUGAGAGCUGUAAUAAUAAUGAUGAUGA